AUGGUGUUUCCCAUGGAGUGCAAGUGCUUGUUCUCCGUCGUAGUGUUGUUUUCUUCUCUACUGGCUUUGUGUACAGUGCCCAUCUCUGCAGUUGAAGGAGAGUUUGUUGUGACUUUGGAUUAUUCCAACUUCACUGAAACUGUCGCCAAACAAGACUUCAUUGUUGUUGAGUUCUAUGCUCCAUGGUGUGGGCACUGUCAGCAACUCGCUCCAGAGUAUGAAAAAGCUGCGUCGGUAUUGAGUAGCCAUGAUCCUCCAAUCAUUCUGGCAAAAGUUAAUGGAGAUGAUGCAGCAAACAGACAACUCGGACAGAAGUUUGACAUCAAAGGUUUCCCCACCCUCUUUAUUGUGAGAGAUGGAGGAAAGAAAGUUCAAGAAUAUAACGGCCCUCCCGACGCUGAUGGGAUAGUAAAUUAUCUAACAAGACAACUUGGUCCUGCAUCCACUGAAAUAAAAUCUUCUGAGGAUGCUGCAACUUUCAUAGAUGAGAAAGGGGUCGCCAUUGUUGGAGUGUUUCCAGAUUUCUCAGGAGAAGAAUUUGACAACUUCAUUAGUAUAGCUGAAAAUCUGCGUUCUGACUAUGUAUUUGGGCACACUUUGGACGCCAAGCUUCUUCCUCGGGGUGAAUCAUCAGUCAAGGGGCCAUUUGUGAGACUGUUUAAGCCAUUUGAUGAGCUCUAUGUUGAUUUCCAGGAUUUUGAAGUAGAUGCUUUGGAAAAGUUUGUUAAAAAAGCUUCUAUGCCUUUGGUCACCAUUUUCGAUUCUGAUCCAAGUGGCCAUGGUUAUGUUGCUAAGUUCUUCGACCUACCUAAUGACAAGGUCAUGCUGGUCGUGGAGUUCAGUAGUGAGGAGUUUGAUGCUUUCAACUCGAAGUAUCGUGAUGCUGCCGAGCUCUACAAAGGAAAGAACUUGGGCUUUCUAUUGGGUGAUGUCAACGUUAGUGAAGGUGCUGUUGAGUAUUACGGGCUGAAGGCAGAUCAAACACCUCUGAUCAUCAUAGAUAACAAUGACCUGGACACCAGAUAUUUUGAAGCCAAGAUCAAGCCUGAUCAAAUUGCACCCUGGUUGGAGGAAUACUUGGAUGGCAGAUUGAAGCCGUUCAUCAAGUCGCAGCCUAUUCCUGAAACUAAUGACGGACCCGUGAAAGUGGCUGUUUUUGAAACACUGGAGGAGAUUGUGUUCAACUCUGGAAAGAACGUUCUCUUAGAAUUUUAUGCACCUUGGUGUGGACAUUGCCAGAGGCUGGCUCCAAUCUUGGAAGAAGUUGCUGUCUCAUUCCAGAAUGAUCCCGAUAUCAUCAUCGCCAAACUGGAUGCAACUGUAAAUGAUAUCCCAAAGAAGUUUAAAGUUGAAGGUUUCCCAACUAUGUAUUUUAAACCGGCAAACGGGGAGCUUGUGGAAUAUGAAGGCGAUGCAACCAAGGAGGCUAUCAUUGAUUUUAUUAAGGAGAAGCGUGACAAGAGUAUCCAAGAAGGGUCCGCAAGAGAUGAGCUUUGAGUAAUGUUACUUGAAGCAGUUUGCUACGGAGAUAGCAGGGCCUUUUUCACAAGCUUGAAGAGGGAAUAA